AUGUUUACCUUUUAUACUAAAUCUAUUAUUUUUUUCAUUUUAAUAUGGACUUGCAAAUAUCUCUCUGAGAAUAUGCAACCUUAUAUUUAUCUAACCGUACAUCGUAAAUCAUGCGACAAAGAAUACAAUCAAAAUAACGCACUCAGUGCAGGAUUUAGAAGAUUACUAUGUAGUGAAACAAUAGUAACAGAAGAACGAAAUCAUAACAUGUUAAAAAAAGGAACAAAUGAUUUAUUAUACAAAAGUGAUAAUUCCUCUGUAGAAAGACUAAAUUUAUCGGAACAUGAUGAUGAAUUUCGAAAAAUAUUUACUAAUUUAAUGCAGCGUGACAUUUCUAAUCAGGAAUUUAUUGAUUUAAUGAGAUAUACAAAAUUACAAAAACAUUAUGAUUCACUUCAAUUUGGACACAAUUUAAAAAACAAAUAUAAUAACUUAAAACAUUAUAAUAAUGUUCAAAAACGUAAAAAUAUACAUACACCCUUAAAAAAGGUAGAACCAAAGAAUAAUACAGGUUUAUUCCAAAAUAGGUCGAGUAAUAGCUAUAAUAAUAUUAAACAUCAAGAUAUAGUUAAAACAGCUUUAUAUUUUAAAAAAAAUAGCGAAGUAAUUUCUUUAAUUAAAUCCAAAAAAAAAUUUAUUAAAAUAUUAUAUAUAAUAAUAAUUAUAAUUUUAUUCUGUGUUAGUAUUAUAUUGAAUAUCUACUUUCGUAAUGCAUGUGAUCCUAAAACAUGUCCCCUAAAGAUGCCAUUAGGACUAUAA